CAACUGAUAACAUCUCUUCAGGCCAGUCCCUCUCUGGAAACCAGACCAUAGCGUCCAAAGAAAGAAACUUUGAGCUGGGGUUCUUCACACCGGGUAAUUCUCGUAACUACUACGUGGGCAUCUGGUACAAAAAAAUUCCAGUCCAAACUGUAAUCUGGGUGGCGAACAGAGUAACACCCAUCUCCAACACCUCCUCUGCCGAGUUCAAAAUCUCAGAAGAUGGCAACCUAGUCCUCCUCAACGGUUCCAAAAUCCCAGUUUGGUCAUCCAAUUCAAUUCCAUCAACAUCGGAUUCGACAGUUGCAGUGCUUCAUGACACCGGAAAUCUUGUUAUAAGAGAUGGGUCAAACACUACAAUUUGGCAGAGUUUUGAUCACCCGACUGACAUAGUCAUGCCAGAAGGAUGGAUUGGAUUUAACAAGAUCACAGGGGAGUGUCAGAGUGCCACUGCUUGGGAGACUCCUGAGAACCCUGCCCCCGGGCCUUUCACUCUGAGUCUGAGCCCUGAUAGAUCCAAGCAAUAUGUAUUACUGUGGAAUAAUUAUGAAAUUUACUGGCGCAGUGGUGUUUGGAACGGCCGGUACUUCCCUGCACUCCCUGCUACUAAUGAAAACACUCCCUUCAACCUCACCUUCAUCGACAACGAGCAGCGGAUGUAUGGCACGUAUACCAUCUUGUACAGUUCUUUCAUCACUCAUACUAUGAUUGGUUCAACUGGGCUAUUAACACAACGGUAUUGGCUGGACAGCACCCAGGAGUGGCAGUCAAUCUCUUCUCAACCCGUGCCUCAAUGUGAUGUCUCCUCUUUAUGUGGCACUUUUGGUAUCUGCGACCAGAAAAGCUCGGAUAAUAUUUGCACAUGCACCCCUGGUUUCGAACCAGCUUCAAUGAAAGAAUGGGAGCUCAAUGUUUGGAGCUCAGGGUGCGUGCGGAAAACCAGUUUGCGAUGCAGUAGUAAAAGCUCAGCCGGUGGAGAAGGGGAUAGAUUCCUUGAGAUGACCAAUAUGAGAUUGCCUGCCAAUCCACAGAACUUGAUUGUUGGGAGUGCUAAAAACUGUGAACAAGCUUGCUUGAACGAUUGCUCUUGUAACGCGUAUGCUUAUGUAAGUGGAUGCUCAAUUUGGACUGCGGACCUUCGGAACCUUGUUCAACUCUAUGAUGAUGAUAGUGGAGCUGGUACUCUUUAUCUUCGGCUCGCUGCUUCUGAUUUCCCAGGUUCAG